CAACCCUUUCUCCUGCACGUGGCUGGCUCUGCUCAGAACUUCCUGGAUCUUCGGGAGCGAUGGCUCCGGCUCAGGCCUUCGGGCGGCGGAGGAGAAGGAAGCGGCGGCCUAAGGACGAGGACGUGGCCGAGCAACAGGACUAUGAGAUGCCAGUCUCUGUUUUCCCCGAAUCCGAAGGCGCCUCCGACGUGGAGCCGGACACCCAGGAAAUGGUCCGGGCCCAGAACAAGAAGAAGAAGAAGUCUGGAGGCUUUCAGUCUAUGGGUCUCAGCUACCCUGUUUUCAAAGGCGUGAUGAAAAAGGGCUACAAGAUCCCGACUCCCAUCCAAAGGAAGACCAUUCCGGUGAUCCUGGACGGCAAAGACGUGGUGGCGAUGGCGAGGACCGGGAGCGGGAAGACGGCCUGCUUCCUCAUCCCCAUGUUUGAGAAGCUGAAGGCUCACAGUGCCAAGACGGGCGCCCGGGCCCUUAUCUUGUCUCCCACCCGGGAACUGGCCCUGCAGACCCUCAAGUUCACCAAGGAGCUUGGUCGAUUUGCUGGCUUAAAAACGGCCCUGAUCCUCGGAGGAGACAAGAUGGAAGACCAAUUUGCCGCUCUCCAUGAAAACCCUGACAUAAUCAUUGCCACACCUGGACGGCUGAUGCAUGUGGCCGUGGAAAUGAAGCUGAAGCUGCACAGCGUGGAAUACGUAGUUUUUGAUGAAGCGGACAGGCUCUUUGAGAUGGGUUUUUCGGAGCACCUGAAGGAGAUAAUUUCGAGGCUUCCCGAAAGCCGCCAGACAGUUCUUUUCUCGGCCACUUUGCCCAAAGUCCUUGUGGAGUUUGCCCGAGCCGGACUCACAGAACCCGUGUUGAUCCGUCUAGAUGUGGAGUCCAAGCUGAGCGAGCAGCUUAAGCUCUCCUUCUAUCACAUCCGUGCUGACGACAAGCCAGCCCUCCUGCUGUACCUCUUGAGGACGGUGGUGAGGCCCCAGGACCAGACCAUUGUGUUUGUGGCCACAAAGCACCACACCGAGUAUUUGAAAGAGCUCUUAACAGCCCAAGGGGUGGACUGCACCCACGUCUACAGCUCCCUGGACCAGACGGCUCGCAAGAUCAACAUUGGCAAGUUCACCCACGGCAAGUGCUCUGUGCUGAUUGUCACCGACUUGGCCGCCCGGGGCAUCGACAUCCCUUUGUUGGACAACGUCAUCAACUACAGCUUCCCGGCCAAGCCCAAGCUCUUCCUGCAUCGUGUCGGUCGAGUGGCCCGAGCUGGCAGGAGUGGGACGGCUUACUCUUUUGUGGCGCCAGAUGAGACCCCUUAUCUCUUUGACUUGCAUCUGUUUCUAGGCCGGCCGCUGGUCCUUGCUAGUCCUCACGAAAAGCCUAAAGAUACAGACGGCAUGUUUGGCCGCGUCCCGCAAAGCAUCAUCGACGAUGAGGAAAGCUUGCUGCAAACGGACCACGAACGCUCCCAGGAGCUGCAGAGCCUCCGCCAGGUUGCCGACAAUGCCCAAAAGCAGUACCAGAAAUCGCGCCCGGCUCCCUCGUCCGAAUCCAUCAAGCGGGUCAAAGAGAUGGACUUCAGCCUCCUGGGCAUCCACCCUUUGUUCAGUUCACGCUUUGAGGGGGAUGAGAUGGAGCGGCUCAAGUUUGUGGACAGCAUCAAAACCUAUCGUUCCAAGGCUACCAUCUUUGAGAUCAACGCCACCAAGAAGACCUUGGCCAGCGAUGUCAUGCGCGCCAAGCGCAACUGCGACCGGCAGCUUAUCGACCGCCACCAGCGGAAGCAGCAAGAGAGGUUGUCCUUGGCGGCCGCAAAAAAACCAACAGCGUCUCCUGCUGCGCAAGAGGCACCGGAGGAAGGAGAAGAGCAUCUUCAGGAGGUCUUCUCCAGUGUGGUGGGAAGGAAACGGAAGCAGAACCCGGCAAGAAAGGACGCAGAGAAGACGAAGAAGAAGCAGCGUCUGUCAGUGCAGGAGGAGAAGGACUUCUACAUCCCCUACCGGCCCAAGGAUUUUGACUCCGAGCGCGGGCUCUGCGUCGGCAGAGAAAGCAGUGCUUUUGAGCAGCAGGCUUCGGGCGCCGUCCUGGAUCUGAUGGGCGACGAGAACGAGAACAUGAACGUGAACAAGAAGCUCCUGAAAUGGGAUCGGAAGAAGAAGCGCUUUGUGGGGCAGACGGGCCAGGAGGAUAAGAAGAAGAAGAUCCGCACCGAGAGCGGCGCCUACAUCAGCAGCUCCUACAAUCGGAACCUCUACGAGAAAUGGAAAAAGCGGAACAAGAUCGACGAGCAGGACUCCGACGGGGAGGCGGAAGGCGAGCGCCGGUCAGGGAAGCAAUGGAAAGGGAGAGGUGCCCGUCCGACGCCAUCGUCCCCCCACGGCAGCCGCGGUCCCCAGCAGGGCAAGGUCCGCUCCGAGCUGAAGACCAAGCAGCAGAUCUUCAAGGAGCGGAAGAAGAAGGCCAAGGAGCGCUUCCUGCAGUCGGGGGGCCUCAAGCGCCUGAAGUCCCGCAACCGCCAGCACCUGAAAGAGAUGCGCCGCUCGGCCUUUGGGCGCGGAGCCACCAAGAAGGGCAAGAUGCGGAAGAGGAUGUAGCCGGGGGCCCGGUGUUCGGGACCCACCUGUUACUAACGGAGCAAACCAUUAAAAUUAUUAUUAUUUUCCCCA